UCUGUUUUUUUUUUUUUUUUGGGGGUCGGGAAAUGCCAAGCAUUGGUGUGAAAUUAUACAGCGUCUUCUUCAAAUUAAUGCUGAAGCAUCGCUUGCAGAGCCGGUUGCAGUCGCCGGAAAACGACGCUGGCGGCGGCUCCUCCUUCGGUGUUACCUCGCGUCCGGAUGAGGAAACCGCGGCCGCCGCCAAUCCCUCCUUCACCGACGGCGUCGCCACCAAGGAUGUCCACAUCGAUCCCGUUACAUAUCUCUCCGUCCGCGUUUUCCUUCCCGAUACCUGCCUCCAUUCCCCCGAGACACGUACGAGAUCCCGGGCCGGAUCAUCGAGCCCCAGAUCGGAUCUGAAUCAAGCUACAACACGCCGGUACAGUUACGGAUCUUUGGCCGGCAUGCCUGGCUCCGGCAGCAACAACAGACGAAAUAGCUACGGAAAUAGCGUAGAGGACAGUUUGAUAUCCGACAACGGGAUUUACAGAGGAUACAAUCCGGUCAGCCAAAACCGCCGCCGGCUGCCGGUGAUGCUGCAGUUCCAUGGCGGGGGCUUCGUGAGCGGCAGCAAUGACUCGGCCGCCAACGAUUUUUUCUGCCGGAGGAUCGCGAGGCUGUGUGACGUGAUUGUGCUGGCAGUUGGGUACAGGCUGGCGCCGGAGGAUAAGUACCCGGCGGCAUUUGAGGAUGGGAUGAAGGUGGUGCACUGGCUCGCAAAGCAGGCGAAUCUGGCAGAGUGUAGCAAAACUUUGGGGAGCUCGAGAGGUGUGGAUUUGAGGAGAUCGGAGGGUAGCUGGCAGGUUUCAGAUGCGUUUGGGGCUUCCAUGGUGGAGCCGUGGCUGGCUGCUCAUGGGGAUCCAUCCAGAUGUGUACUCCUGGGCGUGAGCUGCGGAGCAAACAUAGCCAACCACGUGGCCCGAAAGGCAGUCGAGGCCGGCAGACUCGUUGACCCGGUCAAAAUAGUGGCCCAAGUCCUCAUGUACCCUUUCUUCCUCGGAAGCAUACCCACACGCUCUGAAAUCAAACUCGCAAACUCCUACUUUUACGACAAGGCCAUGUGCCUGCUCGCAUGGAAGCUAUUCUUGCCGGAAAACGAGUUCAGCUUGGACCACCCGGCGGCCAACCCGCUGGCCCCAUGCCUGGCGGGCCCACCCCUGAAAAAAAUGCCGCCAACUCUGACGGUGGUGGCGGAGCACGACUGGAUGAGGGAUCGAGCGAUUGCCUACUCGGAGGAGCUGCGUAAGGUUAAUGUGGAUGCGCCUGUUUUAGAGUAUAAGGACGCGGUCCACGAGUUUGCCACGCUGGACAUGCUGCUCAAGACGCCUCAGGCUCAGGCGUGUGCUGAGGAUGUCGCUAUUUGGGUCAAGAAGUAUAUCUCGCUCAGGGGUCACGAGUUCUCUUACUGACUGGUAAAAAUUCUUUACUCGGGGGGGACUCUGUGAAUUUUGUUUCUUGUUUCUUGUUUUUUUGUUUUUGCAUUUUUUAUUUUUAUUUUUGGUUUGGCGGGGGUUUUGGUGUUGAGAUGUGUACCUGCUUUGUUAGAUGCUAGAUGAUUGAGAUGGAGAUGUUAUUUGUUGAUUGAAUUGUGUUUGGGGAUUGGCUUGUACAUGUGAGAUGAUAAUCGGAAGAGAAGAAAACGAAAGGAUAUUGUAAUCGCGAAACGGAAAUUAAUUUUGCAUCUUGCUGAGAAACAUAUUUUUGCCUUGUCGUUCUGUACAAAGUAAACAGUGGUUCUAUUUAUGUUAAAUCUUUGAUGGCAUGUGGCGAUGACAUAAAAUAAUAUAAUUGGCC